GUAAGGCGCAAAUCGCAAAGUACAAAUAAGCAAGAACGCGACACGACAUCUUCGUAACUGGUCGUACGAGUGGUUAAAAACUUUAACAGCGCGGGAAAUCACUUAAUGGCAACAAUGCAGAGUCCGUGGAGUUGGCAAGCCCUGAUCCUGCUUCUGAUAGCUUCACGUACCUUGGCUGCGCCGUUAGCACAAACUUCAGAUGCAAGUGACGAUAAAUCCGAUAUUCCAGUUGAACAAUUGGAAAAACUCAAAAUUGAGGACGCGUCAAAAGACAACCAGGAAUUGAAGAGCGAGCAUAUCGAAUAUCACAGUCUUGAUACAGUACAAUCCAAUGGUGAGCUAGUAUCGCGGCUGGAGCAGCACGCAACGGCAGAUUCGGAGAAUGAUGAGAAGCCCAAAAUUCAUGCUGAAACUCAAGUAGACUUACCAUCUAAAAACGUUCAUAAAACCCUCGUGCAGGAUGGAGAACAUGUCAGCCUGGUUGAAUCUACAUCCGCUCCAAGUGAGGAACAGACUACUAAGGUAUUUCAUGGUGCAGCUCGACUAAUUCAACCCGGUUCAGCAACUUCGAAUCCGUCAAACGGUCAUACUGCUGUUCGUCGAGCAUUUAACGCCGACAUCACCAAGGAAACUAAGAAUAACAUGGACCACUACUCAUCAUACGCCGGAGUACAAUACUCGCCUCUGGAUAUGGCUGAAUAUGUUUUCUGGACUGGCGACGAACAUGGAGUAACAAACGCAAUAGAGGAAUUCCUUCAAGAGGGAUUGAUGAACAAAGAAGAGGCCAUAGCCUUUCUGCAAGAGAUAAAAUUUAACAUCGACUAUCUUCGGGCGCAUUAUGCUCAAACCAUUAACGCAGAGAACGCUCAACAAGAUAAACUGAGGAACGCACUUAUAGAACAAAAUGCAAAGAUGUACCAAUACCGACCAAUGCUCCAAUCAUUCCCAUUCGGUGGUAGCCCUGAUAUCGUCCGGUCAAUCGCGAGCAAAUCCUGGGAUAUGAGCAACAAUUUAAACGCUGUGCCAGCCCUACCGGUCUCAUCUGAUCUCCGACCGGAGAUUGCGAAACGGGGCUACGAUCCUAUGCUGCAGACGAACGUUAUCAGUACGUCUGACUAUGACCGCGAUGGAACUAUUGUGAGUGAAGAAGAAUAUGAAGAGAUGAUGGAUAAACUCCGAGCUGCUGACACACUCUACACUGAGUACACCCUGGAAGAGAUAAUCUAUCAGCUAGCCAAGAUGAUGUUCUCACAAUCGCUAUCCCGGGAACCUGCGAGUGCGCGUGCGUCGAUGCAAAGAUUCAUGACCUUCCUCGAACUAGAAGCCGAAAGAGGUCAGCUAUCCAGGAACAUCGAGAAGAAAGUUCUCGAUGUAAUGAUCGCAGCCCUCACAGACACAAUCGGCGAUCACCCGGAACUCUUGCAGUCCAGAGACGGUAUCACCGCUAAUCCAGCUACAAGAAUGAUGCGACAAUUUGGCGAAAGCACUCCAUCCACGGCCAUGAAUCGGGCCAUUCUUUCGGCCUACAAACACGAGCUACUUAAGGGACCACCCCAUCAUUAAGCUUCACAACUUCUUGCCGCUCAAAUACUCCUAUUUCGGACCAAUGUUUUGUUCAAUCCAUUAAUUUAUAUUCGUGUUAAUUCUGAUGUAUUAUUAGAACAUCCAAUUUAGGUUGUACCGCAAACAUGUAACGCAAAUCCAUAUCGUUUUAUAAAUAAAAAAUCAAAUUGAUUUAUAACUUUGUAUAAGUCUUUAAAUUGUAAAUGUUUUAAUAAUUUAGCUCACCUAAAGUAAAAUAACAAUUGUAUGAUUAUUGACACUUUUUUUUAUAUUAUGCGUCAGAUUUAACACUAAUCCACAGUACAACAGCAUUUUCUUUGCUUUAAUUCUUACACGGUUAUACUUAAAAUAAUAAUUGGCUUCCAUUUGGACAUGAACAAAAAAUUAAUUAGAAUAUUUUUUUCCGAAAAAAUAUAACCAAAUUAUAUUUAGAUUAUAGAGUUCUGUCCUGCUUUGAAUCGAAGCAGCGGAAGUAUAUAUUUAAAUAAUAAUGGGACUCUAUAAUAAACCAAACUGUACUAAAUAUUAUUUAUUACAGAGAUUUAUUUUUAAAACAAAUAAUAGCGCCCUCUAUUGGCAAACUAUAAGAUUGAGGAUUCUUGAAACUUUUAUAAAUAUUUAGCUAUACUGUUGUAUUAUAUUCCCUCGCUCAAGCUUCUAUUUACAUUAGCCUUUCAUAUAUAACAUAUAUUGUACCUGAAAAGAAUCCCACAGAGCAUUCAUAACAAUACGUGGUGACAUAUUCUAAUAACUAUUUACGCAAACAUUUCUUGUAUAUGUCAUAGUAGAUAAAUUGUACGAUGUUUGUAGGAAUAUCUCAAUAUCUAGAUAUUAAUUCUAAUCGCUAUAUCUCUUUGAUAACAUCAAAAUAUCACUUAAUAAUCGUGUUUAGAAUAUUACUAUUUAUUAGUGAAUAAACUAAACUCUUCAAUAAUAUAAAUUAUAGCUAAGGUCUAUAUGAUUUUAGAAAUUUAAAACGCCUGGUCAUUUUGUGAACACUAUUAGUCUAGCGAACGUUUGGUGGUGAUUGAUCAAAAGCAUCUCUAGUCCAACAUAAUCACGACACAACAUUUUCAAACUUCGUCUAGAAGCACACCGGAGUUUCAUGUCUUUAUUUUUAACAUCCCCAAAUUCCGUAUUACACGGCGUUUCUUGAAAACAAUAGAAUUUCUUGUAGAAUUUCUAUUGUUUUCAAGAAACAACAGUAGAACUUCUUGCCCCUUUAAUCAUUGUUAAACAUAGGUUCAUUCAAGCGGCGGCAAAAUAGGCCUGAACAGGCGUGCCCUUCCAUAGGCCGCAACUCACAACAUCAGAUGUGAGUGUGGCUAACGUCUGUUUGUAUAAAAAACUUCAAACGUUUUCAGUAAUAUUUAUUGCAAUAUCAACACAUAUUGAUAUUUGUGUAUUAUACAACAAUACGUUAAUUUUCUUCGAUUUGCCUAAUUACAAUCAAACGGUUUUUUGACGUUUUCAAAUCACCCCGGCUUUUUUGGUUGUUCCAAAAUAAUGUUUUUUUUAUAUACAAUUAAUAUGCACUCAAUAAAUAUUUAUACAAGUAUUAAUUUACGUAGCGGUAAAAAAACUAAUGGCGAAGAGUUUUUUCAUUGUUUUCUUUGUAACGUUAAUUACUAAUUUACUAUUAAUUAUUUUGGUAUCAGUCUCUUCAUAUCAGAAAAUAUCCUGUAUUAAAUUGAUAGAUUAACCUUCUUGUACGUACUUUGCCGGGCACCGCUGUCUUUAUGUAAAUAAUCAAUCUGAGUUUUGAAAGAAUUUUAAUUUGAGACGCGUUUAGCAUAAAUCCAGUCAAAAGCUUAAGUCACAGAUAAUUCAGUCGUUAUUAAGUCAAAAAUCGUAUGUAGCCAAGUCCUAUACUAACGAUAAUUUAAUGGACAUUUUGUUUUAUAAACGAUAGUAUGCAAAUAUCCAUUUCAGAAUGUCAAGAUCAGACAUGUUAAGACUUGUAAAUUGUAAUUUGAUAUAAGCUGCAUUAGUGAUCUGCAAAAUUUAAUAUAUUUGUAAUAUUCUUUGAAUUGUA